AUGGCCACCCAGACCCAACAACUAGUACUGCUCCUGCUCUGUAUCGUGGCUUCCCUGUUUAGCACAAGCACUGGUAGCGAUGACAACCAUGUGUGGCUUCUCGGAGAGGACUCAGGUUACCAUGACAACUACGAUACUAUCUACUCGUCAUGUGACACAACUAGCAUCGUAGCACUGACAAAGGACAGACUACAUGUUGACUACUACACUGCUGUGGAACAGUUGAGAAUGAUUAGAUUCAAUUUUCCUCUAGCGGUUGAUUUUGUGGUCACCCGAAUGAUUAACGAGGAACAACAGGACGAAGUGUUUGUGGCCGUGCAUGAAGGUUAUAUGAGCAUCAACAGAUUUGGCAACUUCACGAUCUUCCCCAUCUCCAUGGGCAAAUCCUCUAGCCUCAUCAUGAUCUCCAACCUUGCUUGUACCACUCCCGCCCACACCACACACAUACUCUGUGUCAAUGUAAUCAAAGGAACGCAAAAAAUAUGCAAGGACGAUAUUCCACCUGGUUCCCAUGAUUACUCGGACGUCUGCCCACGUUUGCAACUUGUUUAUAUAGUGACAUCGGAUCAAAAGACGAUUUUGAAAUUCAACGUUAGCGAUGAUUGUCUUGUAUUGAUAUCUAAGAAGUCUGGAAAUGACUACGAUAGUGCCAUGUGGUUUUCUUAUAAUAAUGGUUCGACAUUAUUUCUGAGUAAUGGACUGGCUUUGAAUGCUGUUGAUCUAGAGGCUGCUGGAACAUUGGGUGGGGAAGAUGUCGGCACUGUACACUAUAGCUCUGUGUCACAACUAUACAGUCAGGCAAGCCAGCUGGGAGGAUCUAGCAAACUAUACUUACAUGGCCUAUCAUGACCAUACGAAAUGAUGUCAUGAAUAAAGUAUUCCGUGGUCGGAUUUAUCUAGUAAUGGUACAGAGACUAUUCCAAGCCCGAAUGGCUACAGUAUCGUCCGUCCAAUCAGCUUGCAGUAUUGUCAGAUGGACUUUGCAUAUGCUUUAGUUACAUACAAGAGGGAAAAGGACAAUUUCCUUAGAACAGGUGUCGCUUAUAUUAAGUCUUAUUUUUGAAUUUUGCUGUUCAUUAAUUUUGCUAUAAUUAUGUACGUAUGUUAUUGCCCAGCCAGAGUGCAACAUGC